AGAAAAGUAUCAGAUUGGGCGAAUGCCAAUUACAACGAUGGCAUUCAGCAGGAGUGCCAGUGUGCUGCGAGUGGAUUUUAGAGCGUGUUGGCACAUAGCGGUAUUUGUGUUAUUGGAGAUCCAUGUUGUGACAGGUCAAUAUCCCGUUCUCAUUGCUGCUGGUACAGGGCAAGCAGCGCCAUUCAGAAUGACAUUUGGCGAUGGGCAGACUACCGCUGGCGUUCUCAGCUACUUGCCGGUGUGUAUUGUGACCAGUGGAUCGGCACCGUUCAUUCGACUAGAGAAGACUGAUGGUAGCCUGGUGCUGGGUGUGACCGGUUCGUUCACCGGAUUUGGCAGAGCCCCUUUGAACACCACAGUACACCCCUCACUGGACCCAUCAUACACUGGACUGUACCAUUGCCGAACCGACGCCCAUUACUCACCACAGGUGUACCAGCUCAAUGUUGUGGCUCGACAGAUUCGGUCGUCGUUCCCUACGUCACUGCCACUAGUUUACAUGGAUGACAAUCACACCAUAUCAUGCAUGUCAAGUGGCAAUUUCCCUCUCAAAUUAUCUUGGAACACAACACUAUCUCCGGAUUCUGAGCUGAUUCGGACAAUGACAUCGACGAAUAUGGUACAUUCGACAUUCAGCUUCAAGCUGAACGACACACAGUUCGUAAUAACAGAGCGUGAUACGUCCGGUGUUGCCUUCAACGUAACCUGUAAGACCUGGUAUACUACAAACUUCGACUGUGUUGCAGCGGGCUCAAUUCCUGCACGACCUCACGAUGUGAUUCAAAGGUGCUUAAAUUCCUCCCAGGCAGUAUCUACGACUGUUUCUGUCACUAUUCAAGCACCACGCUGUAGCGCACUACACACUCUCAACCUGAAUGUGAAUGUGACGUCAUCAACACCUAGCAAGAGAGGUAGCAUUGUGAAUGUGCAGUGCAUUCCUCCAUACAAUCUAACCAAUGGAGUGCAGCAGGUCACGUGUUUGGCAAACGGAUUUUGGACAGUUCUCCCGACGUGUGUUGUGACGCACUGCGCAUCUGUGAACCACUCCACGAUCACCUACCUGCCUAGAACACCAAUUGGAAGCUCUGCUGUUACAAAAUGUCGUGAGCCCUACAGCGGUAUAACUGGCCCAAACAACGUGCAGUGUAUGGCUGCAGGUAUCUGGAGUACGCUACCAACUUGCCCUGACAUCGAUGAAUGCAUAACUGGAGAUCAUAACUGCUCUGAGAAAUGUACUAACGCUCAACCUGGAUAUGUAUGCAAUUGCUUCAAUGGAACGGCGGGAUGCUUUGUGACACAUUGUGCAGCUGUGAACCAGUCAACAGUGGGCUAUAUAGAGAGGCGUGCCAUUGGUCAAACUGCCACUGUGGAGUGUCGCCGUGGAUACGACAGCUUACUGGGGCCAACAGCAGUUACAUGCAUGGCCAGUGGAAAGUGGACUGAGCUGCCUACAUGCCACGAUAUUGAUGAAUGCUCCAUGGAAGAGAAGCCGUGUGCCCUUUAUUGCACAAACCUCACACCCGGCUUUAUGUGCACGUGUGUAAACGGGACUGUCGGGUGCUUCGGUAAGCGAACAGAAUCUCCAAAAGAUUCUUCAAUCUGGUAA